CAAGGAUCUUCGUGCGCUCUGGUACCAUUUGUCUUACCCCAGACGCGCUUGGAAGAUGGAAGACACGUGUGUGUCCUCAUUGGACCAAGGGAACCACUGGCGUAGCCUGAAGAUUUCUGAAAAGGCGAGGCGACGGAUAUUCAACCUACAAGAUUAGGAUGUCCACGCGGAACUGCAUUCUUCAAGCGGAUGGCUCUUUGGAAUUUCAUAAUACCACUCGUCACGUUAAAAAUAAUUCUAUGGUUCCUACCCUUGACACGAAACUGUUAUCUUAUACUGCGGGACACUUUCAAAUGUGUAAAUGACAAUGAGCACGAGGCAUCGGCCGAAGAAAUUACCUUUGACGUCUCCAUUCUGUUUCGCUUCGCUCUUACGUAAUUCUAUUUUGAUCCGCCGUAUGCGCUACUGGUCACGAUUUCUAUAAUACUACUGUAUCCCAUGUAUCGAUCGUACUUCGUUUCUUUCACUUGGUCCAGAAACUCUCUCGUUCUUCGUUAUUUUUGCCGGGCUUGAAAAAGUUAAUUUCAAGAGGAACUCGUUUCUUGGCCAUUUCGACUAUGACGCUUCGUGUCACGCGUUGGGUAUUGUACAUGCGUUUCCGUGUGUACGUAUAAGCGACGUGUGAUAUAGUUUCUCGAGGACUCGCUCGUCAAUGUAACACGUACGCGAGAACUCAGUAAAACGAUACGACUGCAUACCACAGUCCAUUAUCGUACUAUCUUAUCUGAUAUAUUUGCACGUUUGUGGGCUCAAGCCCGGUAUUGCGUGAGAAGGAUUGAAUAAAUGUAUACAGUUUUUCUUUUUCCCUUCAACGGUUAUGUCAUUAGGGUCAAACGGUCUCUCGAUGCAUCCUGAAUGAGUAAACGAGAAUAAUGUCUUAAUCGUUCAUAAACACGACUACCGUCGAAUCGAUGUUAAAUGUGUUUGUCAUUGCGAACGUGACUGGCGUGUCGGGCUGCUGCUCGACUAUAUAAUCUUUUUUCUCAUUCGCUUUACCAUCCCCUCCGUAUAAUUAUUUAUUUUUAAUUCCGUUCCCCCGCUGAAAUUACGUGUCACGGUGCCAUCCGGGACGGCUACACUGUCGCGUAGCGAUAACUACAAAGUUUCGAUGGAUCGACCGAGCGGCGGGUAUAUAUCUACCUAGUGAGUACGAUAAUCUCCGGAUAAUCCCAAUCGCCCCUCGAGCCUUCUUGUCUUUUGGAGGAGAACGAGAAAGAGAUGAAAAAAAAUGGUUAAUACCUCGUAACGCCGAUCUUACCCUUUAAUCCGAGAAAAAAGUUCCGGGCGUCCUUUUAAUUCCCAUUCGAUGCGCUCGAAAUUACAAAACCGCUCGUAUCUCUGAAUGAAAGCGAAUUGAGUCUCCUGGCCUUUCCUAACGCAGUGCCGUGUCAAGCGGGGGUGCACGAGAACGUCACUGAGAAUAUAAUAUCGAUUGGCAAAGGGUCGACGCGUGCGCGCUACUUCCGACCUGCCCCUUCGCUCCGCUUUGCCCCUCUCCGUUCCUUUCCCUGUACCCGACGUAAACAGACGUGCCACCCCUAAGCGUUACCACCCCUACGAUCUCACGACGCAGUUCUUACUUCCUUGCCGGGCACCGGCGUCUGUGCUCGUCCUGAUCGUCCACUCUCGCGUUCUCCUCGACGUACCUACUGUCUGUUUCCUCUGCGUUAUUCAUUGAUGUUAUAACGGCCGAUUCGUCGUGCGCUCGUCACUUUUAUCUUGAGCUUGCUAAACUCAUCCGUUCUGUGUGUUUCCUCUUGGACGUUCCUAGCUACAGGUGCUCAUGAUAUAAUCCAAAGACUUAUCUUUUUCAUAAGGAUCAAAGAUCAGUGUUUCUACUUUUUUUUCUCUUAAAUCUCCUGUCUAAAGGUAUAGGGCCUUUACGUGGGGACAAGUCGUGAGGGUGAUUGUCGCUGUGGCGAGGGAAGCAACAGAUAGCUGGGGGUAGUUGUAAACAAAGAUUUAUAUGCGCAGUGCAUUAGGACUUUUGGUUUAUCAUUCGGGGCUGGAUACUUUUGUGUCGUCGUGACUACUUGACUGUGAACGGUGACGGUGUGAAGAUCUGGGUUUUCUUAUUCAGAUUCGUCAACAGCUUCUGGAGUUGCAAGCUUUAAAAGAGACUUUAAUUAUUUAUGAUAUGGUUCAUGUGGGUGGUAUGAGCCCUUCUCUGGGUGCUGGUCUGCCCAAGAGUCCUAGCUUUCAUCAGGGUCUUGCCUUUGCUGCUGUUUUGCCAUACGAGUCGAGCAAACAAGGACCUUCACCAUCCGCUCUGCUAUAUCAGCCCUUACAACCUUUGCUCAUCGAGGCGCAGCAGGGCAACGAAAGGGAGGAACUGUUCAUUCAGAAGCUACGACAAUGUUGCGUCCUAUUCGACUUCGACGAUCCUCUCUCAGAUUUGAAAUGGAAGGAAGUGAAGCGGGGGGCACUUCUCGAUAUGGUCGACUACGUGUCCAAGAACAGGAAUGUUAUCACCGAGGCCAUUUAUCCUGAAGCUGUCAACAUGUACGCCGUUAAUCUUUUUCGAACGUUGCCACCCUCGUCGAAUCCUAACGGAGCGGAAUUCGAUCCCGAGGAGGACGAACCUACCCUGGAAGCAGCUUGGCCCCACUUGCAGCUGGUAUAUGAAUUCUUCGUGAGACUCCUGGAGUCUCAGGAUUUCGAACCGUCCAUCGCAAAGCGCUACAUAGACCAUAAGUUCGUACUCCAGCUCCUGGAGCUUUUCGACUCCGAGGAUCCGAGAGAGAGGGAUUUCCUCAAGACGACUCUGCAUAGAAUCUACGGGAAAUUUCUUGGGCUCAGAGCGUACAUCAGGAAGCAAAUCAAUAAUGUUUUCUAUCGAUUUAUCUAUGAGACGGAACAUCAUAACGGUAUUGCAGAGCUGCUCGAGAUCCUUGGAAGUAUUAUCAAUGGAUUCGCGCUGCCCCUUAAAGAGGAGCACAAAGUAUUUCUACUGAAAGUGCUCUUGCCUUUGCACAAAGCCAAAUCGUUGUCGGUCUACCAUCCUCAGUUGGCGUACUGCGUCGUGCAGUUUCUUGAGAAGGAUCCGUCCCUAACGGAGCCAGUGAUACGUAACCUACUGAAAUUCUGGCCAAAAACUCACUCGCCCAAGGAAGUCAUGUUUCUAAACGAGCUCGAAGAAAUUUUGGACGUCAUCGAACCGGCCGAGUUUCAAAAAGUUAUGGAUCCGCUAUUCAGACAGCUGGCCAAGUGCGUCUCGUCGCCGCAUUUUCAGGUGGCCGAGAGAGCUCUCUACUAUUGGAACAACGAAUACAUAAUGUCUCUGAUAUCGGAUAAUUAUUCCGUUAUACUUCCCAUAAUGUACCCAGCGUUAUACAGAAAUUCCCGCAAUCACUGGAACAAGACAAUACAUGGUCUUAUAUACAACGCCCUUAAACUCUUCAUGGAAAUGAACCAGAAAGUGUUCGACGAGUGUACCCAACAAUACUAUCAGGAUCGACAGAAGGAACGCAAGCUCAUAAAGGAUAGAGACGAAGCAUGGGUUCGCGUGGAAGCUUUGGCGAUGAGGCAUCCGAAUUACACUCUGACCACUCUGGCCAUUUCUACGACGAAUCAUCCUUACGGCUUACCGCAGCAUCUCGAUAGUCCUCCGCCCGACGAGGAUGGUGACAAUGACAAGACACCAUUGACCCUGGAGAAAAUUGAGGCCAAGGCAAAGGAGGCUAACGAAGUAAAGCGGCCGUUUGAUUUCGAUGCGCAGGCGAAGAAGAUGACUGGCAUGAACAAGGAGAAGCCGUUACUGCGAAGAAAGAGUGAAUUGCCGCAAGAUUCGUACACAAUGAGGGCCUUGUCCGACCAUAAGCGUACUGACGAGUAUCUUGUAACACCGCCGGAGCCCAACAACUGCUAGUCCCUAGCCGACACCCUUCCAUACUAUCCUUUCUUUUGCUCUAGCGACACCGGAAGUUAACUCGCCCUCCUCUCUCUGUCUAUCCGGUGAAAAGUCGGUACCAGAGAAGAAGAAAAGCAUUACCGAUCCCUUUCGUGUCUCGCGGAGACCUGGCUUCUCUCAAAGAAGUAAGAGGGUCCAUUGGACACCUAUUGGACGUCCCCGUGAUGUGUUGAAGGAAUAUUUCCAAGCGAGAGAAAGAGGGAGAAAGUGUGCAAGACACCUCACAAAGAAAGUCACGAUGAAAUAUCGUUAAUGCAGAUGUCUUGAAACCUUAAGAUCCUCCUUGAACAAUCGAUCCUAUCUAAUAUUCUCAGGAUCUCCUCCGUAUUUCCUUAACUGUAUGAAAUGUUGCACUGUGAACGCAUAAAGAAGAAACAGAAUGAUACGAAGAAUGGUCAGACAAGUGGCCUUUACUAUUGCAAAGGAUAGCAACGUUCUACGACCAGUCGUAGGUUCUGCAUACCUACUAUAGAAGAAGAGGAGAAUGUCAGAGAGACGAAAGACCCCGACGAAGAAACAUUCGCUCCUCGAUCGCCAUCUAAAAUCAUCCUGGAAUCUUGUUGUCGCCUAUUAGGAAAGCCCGAACGCGUGACCUAUUUCACAAUGCUGACGUUGAAGUUGUCUAUGAUUCAUGCGAUCGGCGGAUCUGCCGCUACGUGCGUUUUAACGUAAUAAAUCCAGGGGCAUUUCUAUAGCGUAAGAAUUCGCGCAUUUCCGUUGUCAUCCUCGUCGCCUAAAUGUGUUUGCAAAAAAUAACAACCGAAAAUCACUUAUACAUCGUGUUCGCGUACAAACGAUUGUUUUCUAAUGUAUUUAUUUUGAAAGUUUUCUUAUUUUUUUUUUGUCACGAAAAAAAACUGAGAAUGACAUGGUAACGUUACAUCGUAUGGCUGCUUUCUCGAUGCGGAGGCCCAGGUCAAUCCAAGACACUGGUAGCCCUUCGACUCUUCUUUCUUUAAUCCGAUGAUCGGAUCAACCUUAAUCAAAGCGCUGUCGUGGCUAAGCUACGGAGAAACGGGAUAGAUGGAAAAGAUUUUAAUAAUGAAAAGUCAUUGAUACCGGAAGCAAGCAGAUGAAUGGGGAGAAGGAGGGGAGAGGGAGAGAGAAAAAGAGAGAGUGACACAUACACACAACUUAAUAUGAACAUGCAUACAAUACACACAUUACAUGUAGUCUUCGCGCUGCUGGCAGGCUGUUACGUUAAUAUUACCGAUAUACCUUGUUGAAGAUAAAAAAAGUACGAUAAGCUCUUAUAUUAAAUAUUACGAGAAGGAGAAGAAGGAAAAAAAGAUUUAAAAGAAAAAACUACAAAUGAAAUAAAUACGAAGUUGAUUUACUAAUUAAUUGUUCCUUCCGAAGGAAUGGCCAUCUCUGCUAAAAGUUGAUUAUUGGUAGAAUUAUUACGACUACGAUUUAUUAUUAUUAUUAUUAUUAUUAUUAUUAUUAUUAUAUUAGAUAUUAAUGUGAAUAAAUAUGGAGAAAACAAGUUAGUGCGUUUAGAGCUUACGAAGCGGCUGGCGACGCGUCGCAAAUUUUGACACGUAUCGGCAUCAGUCGCCACGAUAGAGAUUCAUCCUUUCCUGCGGCUGUGCUGCCUUUUCUUUUUAAUUUUUCCUGCACUUUGUCACUGUUUGCGAUAUCUGAGAAUGCUUCGAGUCACGAUGAUGAGUGUCGCAAUGUUUUCUGUAAUUCUUUCUCAUGGUAUUAAUAGACGGAGGCGCGCGAAUAUUUCACGGGUCGUCGCUUAACGACUUCCUCGUGAAUUAUCGGUACAGUCGCGUACAGCAAUAUAUUGACGAUAGAUCGUUAGACAAUGGAUUGUAAUAAAUGAACGCGAAGAACGAAGGCGAUGGAAGAGCGCGACUAAGGUUAUGCAGGCGUAUGUAGAUAUGAUGGGGAGUAUAUAUAAAGUGUAAAGAAAAACAGUCUGAACGAGGAAAUAAGAAGGGAGAUAUAAAAAUUUGAUCGUACACUUGUCAGGGAAGUCUAAUUAAUUGUCAACGCAACGACUGCCAGAGUGGUUUCUAAAAAUCGUGGGGAUGGUUUUUUUUUCCUUGUUAUUGCGCAAGAUGAUAAGAGUCAAAGAACCGUGCAGUUGUUGGGGGGAUAAAAUGGAAGUGGCGAGUCACAAAGUGUAAUCGAAAAUUUUGGAGACUGUUUGAUCGGGAAAACGUAAAUAUUUACAAUUGUAAAUAUCAUGUAAAUAGAUGGCACUGGCUCUAACUGGAAGUCCGUUUAGAAUUUGGCCGUAACGAUUAUUCACGAAUACGUCGAAGCUGAUGGAAUUAUCUUGUUUUCAUUGUUCUCGGAGCGCAAUUGCUUAUACAGUAAAUGUUAAUUGACAUGGAGAAGCUAAAGCGAUUUCUCGUGGACGGAAUGUCGGAAAUGUUAUUUUAAUCUGUGCAGAAUUUUUGUUUUUGCACGGUGAUUUAUUCUGUUGGCUCUUUUUCUUUUAUACAUUUUCUUUCUGUUUAUUGCGACACCCAGUUCAGGAUGCUGCGUGUGCUGAAUACUCUUGCGGCGCGUAAUGGAUGCACGUAGCGUUUAAAAAGUGAUGUAAAAAUAAGAAAAAUCCGCCACGAAGUACGUAGCUUUUAACAUGUGGCUACAGUAUUAAUAACAAUGAUUAUCCGUGCCGAGAUGCGCUAAUGUCUCUUUGCGUCGAGACAGAUGUGUGAGAUGAAAACGUAAAACAAGGAAAGAAUAAAAAAAAAACAGAAAAUUGUCACACCUAAUAUCACUGUAGAUCAUUAGAAAAGUAUUUCCGACGG